UUUUUACCUUGUCGACUUUUGGUUACUGGUCAGAUUCUUUAACAACUAAACUACCUGCCACACCUUUAUGUCUAUUGGGAACCUAUGGAUAUAGCUAGUCAAAAUAUCAUUACCAGUAGUCAAACGUUGUUAGAUCAAAACAAUGAGUAUGUGUUUUAUUUAUAACACAUUUUAUUUAAUUUAGCUUGUCUGGGAUACGGUCACACGUCAAUGGAUGUUCGUUUCUUGGGAUUGUCUACGUGAACUACAUUAUUCCACUUAGCUACGCUGUAUUCCUGAUUACAUCCAGUUGCGCAAAAAACGUAAUAUAUGCUCCCUUAUUUGUGCUGUCUUGUCUUUUCCUUUUUCUCCCUACCAGGCAUGUUUUUAUCAUAUCUCUCUUAUAUGGUACAGUAACUUAUUAUAUAGGCCUAAUUUACCAUUGCGAGUGGCAAUUUCAUUUGGUAUAUUUCAAUGUAAUAUUAUUAAACGCGGAUGCCUAUUUAGCCUACUUGCGUUUAUUUUAGCGAAGAAUCGCAGCCACCACAGCAAUCAGAGUUGUGCCCUCAGCUCCUCAAGGCAAUUCCCGUCAUGACCUUUCUACGCUUCCUAAAUUCCAUAAAUUGGAUUUUCUUUGCCAAUACAUUUUUUCACAGAUGUUAGAAAUAAUUUGUUCUCGAAUUAAUUUCAUCAAAUGAAGACGACUGAACGGGUUUGAUUCGGAUUUUCACUCACGCGUCGGAGCUUUGUGUGAACCUCACGACGCUUUCUUCAAAGGCCUGCUGAUGGGGGCGAGUAAGAGCAAGCCCAAAGAGCCGGGCCAGCGCUCCCUCAGUCUGGACGGCACCAUUGGCACAGGCUCAGACGGCGGGUACCACCACCACCACCUGAACCCGGCCCAGCAGACCCAGACGCCCAACAGGAGCCCGGCAGCUGGGGGCGCAAGGCGCGGCCAUCACCCAGGGCAUGCCCCCACCAACACUCCCGAGCUAGCGCUGUUUGGCGGGGUGGAUCACACAGGCAGCGUCACCUCCCCUCACCGAGGCCCGCUGGCAGGAGGUGUCACUACAUUUGUGGCACUCUAUGACUAUGAGUCGCGGACGGCCUCCGACCUGACCUUCAAGAAAGGCGAGCGGCUGCAAAUUGUCAACAAUACGAGAAAAUUCAGCUUCAGGGAAGGGGACUGGUGGCUCGCUCGCUCCCUGACCACGGGGGAAAGUGGCUACAUCCCCAGCAACUACGUGGCCCCGUCUGACUCCAUCCAGGCAGAGGAGUGGUAUUUUGGGAAAAUAUCUCGGCGUGACUCGGAAAGGCUCCUUCUGAGUUUGCAGAACCGCCGAGGGACCUUCCUGGUCAGAGAGAGCGAGACCACCAAGGGAGCCUACUGCCUGUCUGUUUUGGACUACGACAACACCAAAGGCCUCAACGUUAAACACUACAAGAUACGCAAGCUGGACAGCGGCGGUUUCUACAUCACCUCACGCACCCAGUUCACCAGCCUACAGCAGCUGGUCUUCCACUAUCGCAAGCAUGCAGACGGGCUGUGCCACUCCCUGACCGCCGUGUGUCCCGUACUGAAGCCUCAGACUCAGGGCUUGGCCCGCGACGCCUGGGAGAUCCCCCGGGAAUCACUCCGCCUCGACCUCAAACUGGGCCAGGGUUGCUUCGGAGAGGUUUGGAUGGGGACGUGGAACGGGACGACUCGUGUGGCCAUCAAGACCCUGAAGACUGGCACCAUGUCCCCCGAGGCCUUCCUCCAGGAAGCCCAGGUCAUGAAGAAGCUGAGACAUGAGAAGCUUGUGCAGCUGUACGCUGUGGUGUCUGAGGAGCCCAUCUACAUUGUCACUGAGUACAUGAGCCAAGGUAGCUUGCUGGACUUCCUCAAAGGCGAUGCGGGCAAGUUGCUACGGCUACCUCAGCUGGUGGAUAUGGCAUCUCAGAUUGCCGCUGGAAUGGCUUACGUAGAGAGGAUGAACUAUGUCCACAGAGACCUGCGGGCUGCCAACAUCCUGGUGGGAGACAGCCUGGUGUGUAAAGUGGCUGACUUUGGCCUGGCCCGCCUCAUCGAGGACAACGAGUACACCGCCAGGCAAGGAGCCAAGUUCCCCAUCAAGUGGACCGCUCCGGAGGCUGCCCUCUACGGCCGCUUCACCAUCAAGUCGGACGUCUGGUCGUUCGGGGUCCUGCUCACUGAACUGGCCACCAAAGGCAGAGUGCCGUAUCCAGGCAUGGUGAACCGCGAGGUGCUGGACCAGGUGGAACGGGGCUACCGGAUGCCCUGCCCCGCCGAGUGCCCCAGCUCCAUGCACGAGCUCAUGCUCUCCUGCUGGAGGAGGGACGCAGAGGAGCGCCCCACCUUCGAGUACCUCCAGGGCUUCCUGGAGGACUACUUCACCUCCACGGAGCCCCAGUAUCAGCCCGGGGAGAACCUGUAGAUCUCAGGGCCCUCAAAACCCCCUACUGGACCGUGCAGGGCGGACGUGCACUGUCUUUAGACUCUGGUCAAAGGUCAGUUUGGAAUUGGUUCCCCAAAAUGUAAUGGACGGCGCUUAAUGGGAAUGGUUCCGCGGGGUGGGGUUGGCAUGGGGUACCAUCGUUCAGGACCGAUCCAGACGACAGGCGGGUUGUAGGAAUGGUCAAAAGGGUUGACGACUGAUCGCUGGUGUCUGGAGAAAGACUGGGGGGGGGGGGGCACGAUGCCCUGGACACUGAUCCUGGGUUAGAUUAGAAUGGUUACAUUAGAGAAGCGGAUCCUGGAUCUGUUGCUGAGGGAAACCACAAUCCUGAGCUUCCUCAAUGCUUAAAGAGGAUGGUGAGACAUUAUGUAGCCGCUGUUUGGAGACUCCCGUAGAGAUGGAUAGAGGGCUCCUGGAACGUGUUCCAGCACAGACACUGCCGUUGAGGGCUUUGGCCGUUUCUGAAUGAGCCAGUUGGGGUUGACUUCCAGUGGGUUCGGAGAAGAUCUCAUGAUUCCCACCGGGUCGCCAGGGAGGAUCGGCCGACCAAAUAUCCUUGUGAGCAAGACAAUGGACUCCUUUCAAAUGAAAAUGUCCUCAGUAGUUCUGCCCAUGUGCUCAAAGGUGCCAUAUCGGACAUGUAAAAGGCUGAUCUCUCUAUCCAACUCUAUUGCCCCCCCCCUACUCUGUUCUAGUCUCCUCCUCCUCAACUCUGUUGCCCCUCCUACUCUUUUCUAGUCCCCUCCUCCUCAACUUUGUUGCCCCUCCUACUCUGUUCUAGUCCCCUCCUCCUCAACGGCUGUGUCCAGAUUCCUUAAACAAAAGGGUGCACUGCCUUUCAAGUAAGGGUCAACUGUAAGCAUUGGUUAGAGGAACUCCCCCUGGUCGUUAAACUCACAAGGGAGAUUUCUAGCACAUACUUGGUGAAUCUGGUCAAAGUACUGGAGCAUCUGACCUCUCCAACCCCUUUUCACAGGUGCCAAGGGAAUGUCCGUCUUCUCCAUUUCUCUGCUGUGGCCUAAUGGGCGUCCGUUACCUACACAGUACACCUUUGACCAGACACUCCUUUCUCAGCGUUCCUCUGUUUGUACAAGACGCCAGGUAGUUUUUCAGCCUAAACUAGCACAUAUGAAAGUUUCUAUGUGCAGUCAAGGGCUUGAUGAUUAGUUGAACAUUUGUUUCAGGUGUGCUAGCUCUGGAAUAUAUCUAAUGAAUGGCCCGCUGGGGGUUUGAGAAGCACAGUGUUAAACCUCACAUUGGUUUUAAUGUAGCGCCGGAUCGGCUUUCUUUGUUCACAUCUCAUGUCGACGUUAGAACUGUUCCGCAGUACUGACGACUGAUCGGAUCGUGGACGGAACCAGCUACAGCUGUAUAUUGGCGAUUGGGCUGACAUGUUAUGGAGCUGGCGUUUCGCAGUAUGCUCUAUAUCACGGGUUGGGCACCCCCUUGCACACGUGUUACACAUUAAUGUUUUAAAAGAACAUGUUAGACCAUAACUUUACAUUAUCUUAAACUUCACAUUGCAUUCUGGGUGUUGA